UUACUACUAGUGGGAGGGGGCUAAAAAUAAUAACAAGCUGUCCCGUGAUGUAUUAGACUUCAAUAUUUAACCAAGAACCAUGCAGAAUAUGAUAAAUGCUGUAAAGGGCACAGCCCGAGGUGUUGCCGAAUACCUGACACCUGUACUCACGGAAUCAAAAUUUAAAGAAACAGGCGUUAUAACACCAGAGGAGUUUGUAGUUGCUGGUGAUCACAUUGUACAUCAUUGUCCAACAUGGCAGUGGGCAACUGGAGAAGACAUAAAGAUAAGACCAUAUUUACCUCCAGAUAAACAAUUCCUUAUAACUCGAAAUGUACCAUGUUAUAAAAGAGUAAAACAAAUGGAUACACAUCAACAAGAACAAGAAAAGGUUAUUGAGGAAGAUGAUGAUGGUGGUUGGGUGGAUACACACCAUUUUGCUCCUGAUUCUAAUGUUGUGAACACAGCAGAACUUGUAGCAGAAAUGACAUUAGAUUCUAAGACUAGUCAAACAAAAGCAGACCGUGAUGAAGAUAAUGAUGACGAUGAAGAGGAUGAUGGUGAAGCAGAAGACAUGGAAGCUUUUGAACAAGGUGGCAUGUUAGAAGAAGAGGAUGAUGCAGCAUUGAAACCAGAGGCAGUAGUAUCAGAAUCUGAUGGCGCUGCUGGUGGUGGUGAUAGUGGUAUUAUACAAACUAGAACUUAUGAUUUAAAUAUAACUUAUGAUAAAUAUUAUCAAACACCUCGAUUAUGGCUCUUUGGUUAUGAUGAAAAUAGAAAACCUUUAACAGUAGAUGAAUUAUAUGAUGAUUUUAGUCAAGAUCAUGCCAAAAAAACUGUCACCAUGGAAGCACAUCCUCAUUUACCAGGACCACCAUUAGCGUCUGUUCAUCCAUGCAAACAUGCUGAUGUUAUGAAGAAGAUUAUACAAACAGUAGCAGAAGGAGGGGGAGAACUUGGUGUUCACAUGUAUUUGAUGAUAUUUUUAAAAUUUGUACAAGCUGUGAUACCUACGAUAGAAUACGAUUAUACACGCCAUUUUACCAUGUGAUCAUUACAACAUUUCAUCUCAACUUCAAUAUACAGCAGAUAAAAAAUAUGUCAUUAAUACGAAAAUAUACAGGGGUCAAUGAUUCUAUUAAAAUAUAGGUACUAAAUUUUUCCACAAAGUUAAACUACAAAUAACUUUCAUUUGUCAUGGAUUGACUUGGUACUUGAAUUGGCUUGGUUACUUGAAUGUGACUCAAUUUACAUGGACAUAUUUAUUUGGUUCCAUCAUUUGUUUUCAUACGGUUUCAAUUUUUUUACUGACUGAGAAUAAAUGUAUCACGUUGCUUCACUUCUUACCUUUUCAUUGCUGAAAAACUUUCAACAACCUGUUGAUAUGAAUCAUUAUUAUGAAUCAUUGAUAUGGUUUAAAAUUUAUUUUCAUAUUCCUUUACUAUUCAUUAUUAUUAGGUCUAUUUAGGUCUUUAAAUACGUUUACUGUCUUGUAUGUUAUGUAUAACCCUGUUUACAUUACAAAUUUUAAGCGCACCAGGCACGGUACUGGGUACGGCACGCUUUGCUUUUUUGUAGUGUAUACAGGUCAAACGUAAGCGUGCCACGCCUGGUACGGUGCCAAUCUGGCCCACUGAAGUGAGGUGGUCUCGGAACGGUACCAGGACUGGCUCGCUUUAAAUUUUCGUAGUGUAAACGCUAACCGGUCUGAGCAUGGAUUACUGCACAUGCGCCAAAUGAACCUUAACCUUUUUCCCCACAAACUUUGACAGCUCUGUCAUCAGUUCUGUCAAAAUGGCUUCUCAAACUAAAUCAACCAUCAUAAUUGUUUUCAUCUGGGUAAUUUGUAUAGGGACUGAAAUUAACUUUUCUGUUAAGAGUUCCACAUUUAGCGUGCUUGGCACGGUUCUGAGACCGGUUAUUUUAGAGUAAUGUAAACCGGUCAAUUUCUUGAAAUUUAUCGCGGCCUGGUACCGUGCCCAGAACAGCAUGCUUAUCGCGGCCAAGUGUAAACGAGGCUUAUGUUUACCAUUUUUGUUUCAAAAUUUCAAGUCUAUGGUACCAAACCAAACAGGGUACCAAGUCAAAUUGCAUGUUUAACUUCCUGUAUACUACUAUUAUUUAUCAUAUACAUAUUUAUACUAGUAUUUAAUCUAGCUAAUUUCAGAAAGAGUUUUCCCUUGGAGUACAGCAGUCGGGUACUAGAAAAAUCUUAAAACCUUAUUUAAAGUAGCAAAGUCUCUAACUCAGUAUCAUCCAAAAUCUUCAACAUUGAAAACACAAAUUAUUUGUCAAUUUAAAUCAACAUUAAUGCUGUGAUCUUACCGGAAAAAGAUGGGCUUCUGAUAUCCAAUGUUUAAGACAAAAUAAACAUUUUGCCAUUGGUACAUGAAUCGUGUACCAUAAUGCGUUUCAGCCAAAAUAAACAUUUUGCCAUUGGUACAUGAAUCGUGCACCAUAAUGCGUUUCAGCCCCAGUUCUAGCAAGAGACUCGAGGAACGAGGCUAGACAUAUUGCACCAAACCAAACGGCGUGUGUAGACUGGAAUAACCAGGCGCUAAAAAUUUGCAUUCGAUUGAGACUUCAGGCUUAUUUCGCGGAACAUAACUGAUUUGAAAUUAGAGUAAAAACGGAAACCAUUGAAUGUAUAUCAGUUUAUAUACAUUCAUAUUACAGUAUUAUAUGAGUUGCGACCCACUUGUGUCAAUUUCUAGGUCCUAAAUGUUAGCGAUUUAGCUCCUUUAAGCUUUUCUCUUUGCAAGUCAACAUAAAAUUCAAACUGUGAUAAAUAAAAACCUAAAUGAAAUGAAAUGGAGUUUAAAGCCCUACUUCAUCAAUGGGAAGUGAUAUCUGUGUUCUAGAAAGUGUAAGGAUACCUUGUAUUCACAGGAAAAUAUUUGAAUAGGAAAAUCAGCAUUCGAUAUAAGAAAUAACCAUAGACAUCGUCAAUUCACUAAACUUAAAAUACAACUAGAAUGUGUUUGGGUAAUUUUGUAUCUAAAAUCAACAUUGUCUUGCAGGUAAGAUUUUUCUAGUGCCCAGACUGAACAAUGUUGAUGUGUCAAUAGUUGUUAUGAAAGAUAUGUGAAUAGUACUAAUAAUAAUACGAAUGCAUUGCUUACUUUCUUCUGUAUGAUUAUGCAACUACGUACAACCCUAGAAACCGAUAUGAAACAUUAUUUCUCAAGCUUUUUAAGAAAGGGUGUUUUUUUUGCCUAUAUGAUGAUGUGGUAAUGAGGUUUAAUUCUGUCCAUGUUUAAGACAAAUGAAAUUAAUUGUAACUCAUUUCAAUUGGGUCAUACUUCAAGUUUAAUUAAAUUAUUGUAUAUGAUGAUUGAAAUAAACUUUAAUUUUUUAAGAAAUAAUGAAUUUAAGCAAGGAUUACUUCUUAAUCGGUUAAUAGUAAGUGCAGGAUGACCGAUAAGACAAAAUACACACAUUGCAAGAAAUAAACAACAAAUAAUAUUGCUGUAGGGGACAAAAUUUUAAAAUUCAUUCAUUGUUCAACAUUAUAUAAUAGAUGUUAUCUUCCCUCAAAAUUUGGACUCAAAUUGUUCCAAAAAGUUAUGAUUUCUUGUUCAUGCUAUUCUGGAUUAUACAUUUAUUUGGUUCAAUAAGAAAUACAUUUUAAACUCCUAUUAAUCAGAGAAUACAGGAAAACUCUAUGGAACUUGCAUGUUUAUCAUAAAUUUGGGAUCAAAUCUGUAUUUCUCAAAGAGGGAAUCACAAUAUUAAGCAGGUGUAUGUCAACUGAAUUAAAUACUGAAUUAAAUAUAUUUAUCAUAAAUGUCUGUUAUAUAUUUAUUUAAUCUCAUCCUGUCACUAUUAAAUAAAUUAUAACUUGGAUCUGUUUGUACUGAUUCUGUUUUUAUGCACUAAUAAUGAUUAUCAACGAAGAAUAAGUACAAUGUAAUUUGUUUUUCUUUUUAACCCAAAAGGCUUACUAUUAUGCCAUACACGUCUCUCUGUCUAUUAACAUGUUCAGUUUUGUCACUGAAAAUUUUAACUAUUCAAAUAAGAGGGAUUAUACAAGUAUUAUUAUAUCCCUGAUAAAAAUCAUACAUAGUCUCUAGAGUAUUCACAAGUAAUCGUGACUGACACAUGUACGGGGCCGGCGAAAGCAGUUCUUGAUUAGGUGGGGCUACCAUCCUAGAAGUUCACAAUUGUUAUACAAUUUUGAUGAAACUGACAAUGUAUGUUUAUAACCGAAAGAUCUCAACAUUUUUAGCUUGUGGACCCUCUAGACCUCACAGUUUUUAUUUGAUUGUCAAAACCAUUUAAAUAUAUCACUGUUACACCAUAA